GAGAUCUUCCGGCGUUCUUCCAGGAAGACAACGUGGUCUACUCAGGUUCAAGGGAUUCUUGAGAGGUUUCCACCAUGGCUACGUCUUCCCCGAUGGAACAAGCGGAGGAGAUGCGUCUUUAUCAGCAAACGCUUCUCCAAGAUGGGUUGAAGGACAUGCUGGACCACCAGAAGUUCCUUGACUGUGUCUUGAAAGUGAAAGGGAAGGAGUUCCCGUGCCACCGGUUGGUCUUGGCAGCUUGCAGCCCUUAUUUCAGGGCCCUGUUUCUCUCCGACAUAGAAGAGAGCCAGAAGAAGGAAGUCAACUUAGAAGAUGUGGAUCCAGAGGUCAUGAGUAAGAUCCUCCAUUACAUCUACACCUCGGAGUUGGAGAUUACCGAGCAGAAUGUUCAGGACAUCUUCUCAGUAGCCAACAUGUUUCAGAUCCCUUCUAUUUUCACUGUCUGCGUCUCGUUUCUUCAGAAGAGGCUCUGCCUAAGCAACUGUCUAGCCAUCUUCAGACUGGGGUUGAUGCUGGAUUGUGCCCGCUUGGCGAUAGCUGCCCGGGAUUUCAUCUGUGACCGUUUCCCGCUUGUCUCCCGUGAUGAGGAGUUUUGCCAGCUCUCUCCCGACGAGCUGAUAGCGAUCAUCUCCAGCGAUUCCCUCAACAUUGAGAAGGAAGAGUUGGUCUUUGAGGUAGUCAUGAAAUGGGCCAAAGCCAAGGACCAGGACAGCCAUGUCAAGGCACUUCCGGUGGUCUUUGAAAGCAUCCGCUUCCGUCUGUUGGACAAGUCUUAUUUUAGGGACAAGGUGGAGAAGAACGCUGUGAUCAAAUCCAACCCGGACCUUCUCAAGAAGAUCCAGAUGGUGAAGGACGCUCACGAAGGGCAUCUUACAAUGGUGAAGCAGAAGAAAGAGAAGAAGCCCGAAGACCAGGUGGUCAAUGGACAGUUGGAUGAAGAAGAGACUGAGAAAGACGAGGAGGUUUUACCAGGGAUAUUGAACGAUACGAUGCGUUUUGGGAUGUUCCUUCAAGAUCUAAUUUUCAUGGUUAGUGACUCAGGAGCUGUGGCUUAUGACCCAGUGGCCAACGAGUGUUAUUUUGCCUCCCUUUCUGCUCAGAUUCCAAAGAACCAUGUUAGCUUGGUCACGCAAGAAAACCAGAUUUUUAUAGCUGGUGGACUUUACUACAACGAAGACGACAAAGAGGAUCCGAUGAAUUCAUAUUUCUUGCAGUAUGACCACCUCGAUUCGGACUGGCUGGGGAUGCCUCCGGUACCGUCCCCACGUUGCCUGUUUGGACUCGGAGAAGCAGAGAACUCCAUCUUUGUGGUCGGCGGGAAAGAAUUAAAGGAAGGAGAACAGACCCUGGACUCCGUUCUGUGUUACGACCGGCUGUCCUUUAAAUGGGGGGAAGCAGACCCCCUCCCAUAUGCUGUCUACGGCCACGGGGUGGUAUCUCACAAUGGCCUGGUCUACUCCAUCGGAGGCAAAGGGACGGACAGAAAAUGUCUGAACUCUUUGACCGUGUACAAUCCCAAGAAGUUUGAAUGGAAGGAACUGUCGCCCAUGAAAAUCCACCGUUCUCUCUUUGGGACCACGGUCCACAAUGGUAAAAUUUACGUGGCGGCAGGAGUGACCGAUUCUGGUUUGACCAACUCGGUGGAAGUUUACGAUAUUGCGACGGAUAAGUGGGAAUCUUUUGUUGACUUCCCCCAAGAACGCAGCUCGGUCAGCCUGGUCAGCCUGGGGGGCACGCUCUAUUUAAUUGGCGGUUUUGCCACCAUCGAGAGCGAAUCUGGAGAACUGGUUCCCACUGAGAUGAAUGAUGUCUGGAGGUACGACGAAGAAGGGAAGAAGUGGGAAGGGGUCCUCCGAGAGAUCCAAUACGCCUCCGGGGCCACGUUUAUUCCGGUGCGCCUCAAUGUCUUGCGGCUGACGAAGAUAUGACCCAGGGCCGAAAUCCCUUCCAAUCUGGGCCGCCUUCCUCACGUCCCUCGUUGCCUAAUUUCGAAGUCUCCAUCAUGGCGCCUCGAUUUGGCUUCGUUAGGUC